AUGUCGGACUCGGCGGAUGAUAACUUUGAGGUCGAGUUGCUUCGACCUGCAAUUGUGAGUCCCGGAGGAACGCGAGACAACUUACAAGGGCGCUUGCGGUGAUCGAAGCGUAGCGCACGGGCCCCACGCCGCGCGCCCACAUCAAGGUCGAGUGGGGGGAAAGGGCGACGCGACCUCUUGGUUCAUGGGGAGGAGUCGGCGGGCGGAGAGGAUAGCGUAUGCAUGAGCGUGAUGGUGGAGACUGAAAUGGUCGACUUUGGCGCUUCACCCCUCGCAGGAGAUGAUCUUGAAGGGUUCCGAUCGAGCGAGCGUCACCGCCAAGGGGGUGCGAAAGCAGCUACAGGUCAGUCCAUCCAGCGUUAUAGACUCGCAGACCAUUAGCUAAGGAUCCUGUCAAUACGCUGGAUACUCCCUGCAUCCGUAUGCACGGCAUAAGUACUGACCAACCUUGUUCGUGCUCCCUCCGUCGCGAUCCUAAUUCUUCCCCACCACGCCCCCGAACGCGCUGCAACAAACGGUCGCUGUGACCCACAUGACAACCACGGCUGGUAUACAAUUCAACAGGACCUGUAUCCGAAAAUGGACAUCAAAGCCCACAAGACCGCGAUCGACUCGGUCACCUUCGCCAUCUUCAACGACCAAAAUGACGACUCAGAAGAAGCCGACUCGGACGAACACGAGGGGAACGAGUACGGGGACGACAUACCCGUCCACGCGCCUGUCAAGCAAGGUGUCAAACACGAGAACGGCUCCAACGGUCGUCACGCCAUACCGUACACCUCCCCUGCUCAGCCCAUCAAGGCCGAGAGGAAACCGACGGCCCCGCGAGCAAGCAACCAGCUCACCGACGAACAAAUAGCCAUGAGGCUCCAAAACGAACUCAACGCUCGACCAUCCAGAGCUGGGACGAGUACGGCUUCAGGAUCAGCCAAGUCCAAAGCCAACUCGUGGAGUGCGGGAACCAAGAAGCGAAAGUCGAAGUCGGCCGCCACUAUCGGAUCGGACGAGGACGAUUCGGCGCCGAAAAAGCAGCGCAAGGUGUCCAAUACGGGCUUCAACAAGCUGCAUCGGCUUAGUCAGGAGAUGGCCGAUGUGUGUGGGAGCGAUCAACUUAGUCGGCCUCAGGUCACAAAGGCGCUAUGGGUACGUUUGAACUGGGUGUGAUCAGGGGCAGUGGAAAGCGCUAAGAACGUUCUCGGUGUGCUUGCAGGUGUAUAUCAAAGGGAACGAGUCAGUCACUUUCUCUGCGAGGCAUGAAUAGUUUGCCUUCGCUGACGCUUAGCGGUUUCACGCGUAGCUUGCAACUUCCUGAAAAAAAGACCGAGAUCCGACUGGACGAGAAGCUGAGGGUGAGCAAUCCUGAUCGCUGCUGUGUCUCUGCGAAUCAGAUCGCUGACCGUUCCUCUCCUGUCCCGUGCACAGAGAAUAUUCCCAGGAUCGACAGUCAGUACUUUGCUUACGGGUUUGCGAUGUGCCGCGGUAAUUGACUCCUGUUGUCCUCUACCACCUAGGUCAACUCUUUCACAAUGGCCAAAGUGAGUACCCCUCUUACUGAUCGCAUCGCUAUGCCACCUUUCUGACCGAAGUACAUCCAAUCACCCGCAGUUCAUCGGGUAUGGAUCGCUUCGUUCCCCAUUGGUAUCGGUAUCACCGGCUGAACGCGUACACUCCACCCUACAGGAAGCACCUCUACCCCCUCGACCCGGCGGACGUCAAUCCCGAUCUCAAACACGAAUGACUGCAUCUCUGCCCACCCAAUUGCCCGUCGCUGGGCACAUCAGCUCUCAUUUUACUGGCUUUUGA